ACAAACUUCCCGGAGUCGGCAGAAAGGGAGGUGAAAGACCAGGAAAACUCGUCAGCGACUCGGAUCGACCGAUCACCAUGAAGCUCUUUGCUCUCCUUUUCGCCGUGGGGCUCUUGAGUGCCUCCUGGGCCAAUCCCUUCUUUCAAGAUGAGCCAAAAUCCAAAUGGGAGGAAACGAUGGACGUCUUUUGGGACUACGUCACCAAGGCUGGGAACAUGGCCGAUGACGUCACUGCCCAGAUCAGGAGCUCGCAGCUCAGCCGGGAACUGGAUGGCCUUAUCACCGACACCAUCGCUGAGGUGGACCUUUACACGGAUGAUCUGCGUUCCAAGUUUGGCCCCUAUACUCAAGAACUUCAGGAGCGCCUGAAGACCGAAGUGGCCACCCUCACCGGGAAGUUGAGAAACGACAUGGAGGAGACCAAGAGCAAGCUAAUACAAUAUUGCCGCGAUACCCGUUUGAUGGUUGACCACAACGUGGACAACGUGAAGUCCCAGUUCAACCUGUUGGUGCGCAAGCUCAGGAAACGCCUCACCAAGGACGCCGAGGAACUGCGCCAGAAGCUGAGCACCUACGCCGGAGAGCUGCGAACCAACACCGACGAGAAAGUCAGCUCCAUCCGUCAGAACCUGGAGCCCUACCUGUCCAGCAUCCAUGAGAAGGGGCAGCAGAGGAUCCAGGCCCUGAAACAAGCCAUCGGCGAGCAAGGCCAGAUGGUCCACCAGCAGCUCCGCAGCCGCGUUCAGGAGCUCCAGAACCAGUUGCAGGAGAAACUUGAGGAGGUGAAAAGCAGCUUUAACCAGGCUGUGGAGAAACUCCGCCAGCUGGUCAACCCCAUUUUGGAGGACAUGAGCAUCCAGGCCGAGACCGGGAUGGAGGAGGUCAACCAGGAGCCGUGAGACGCAGCUGUCCUGCACCACCCGCAAAGCUCCUGCUUCGUCUCCUCGGAAACCAAGGGGAACCUCAAAGCUUUUGAGGUCUCUUGGUUGAGAUGCCUCCUGACAGGCCAGCCAUGUAUUAACCGAACCUUCCCAACUGGCUGAGAGCUCUCCAGAUGUGUGACAUGACACCCUCCAGAAUUGGGCUUGCAAGCCCACACAUCUGGAGACUGUCAGAUGGGGGGGGGGAAGACUGCACUAACCUCAUGCCGCUUUGCACAAGGCCCAUCGUCCCCUGAACGAGAGAGUCUGCCAUUCAGCCUUCUUAACCUUCUCUCCCCUUUGCAGUCUUGUAUUAUUAACCCAAGUCCUGUGUUGCACUUGUGAAUUCUUCCUAGAAAGAUCCUGGAAGGAUUUCUGAUUCCCCCGUUCCCCUUCCCAUGGUAACAUCCCACAUUCCAAAUGUUUCAUCACCAUUCCUCAGCUUUACUGGUGUUUUGAUCUGUAACAAUAAAAUGUACUUUGGAUAUGAA